AUGGCACUCAACUGCUACACCUUGUUGGCGCUGCUCGCACUCUGGGUUCCCCUGGCCGUUGUGGCCGGCGACCCGGACAUCCUGGCCGACUUCAUCGUCCCAGCGAGCGCCAACCCGAUGAACCUUACCGGCAACUUCUUCACCUACACCGGCUUCCGCCCCACAAGGUCAGUGACGUCUGGUUUCACCUUGAACAAGGCCACCAUGAUGGAGUUCCCGGCCUUGAACGGCCAAAGCGUGUCCUAUGCCACGCUCACAUUCUCUCCAGGCUCGGUCAACCCCACACACACACACCCGCGUGCCUCCGAGCUGCUGGUCGUCAUCAGCGGCACGCUCUCUGUCGGGUUCAUCGACACCGCCAACAGGCUCUACACCCAGGACCUCGCCACGGGCGACAUGUUCGUGUUCCCCAAGGGGACGGUGCACUACCAGUUCAACCAAGGGAACAGCACCGCCACGGCGCUCUCCGCAUUCGGGAGCGCCACGCCUGGGCUCGUGUCCGUUCCCCUUGCUGUGUUUGAUACCGGCAUCGACAACACCGUCCUCGCCAAGUCGUUCAAGACUGACGAGGCGACCAUCCAGAAGCUCAAGGCUGGCCUGGCUUUCCGGUGCUGUUAA